AUGAAGUUAUUAUUAACUGCAUUGACAUUGUUGGUGAUCAGCAAUAGUGUUUAUUCAUUCAAAGUAAACAGGGAGUCCUCUUUGAUGAGAGGUCUCAGACACCGUAAUCCAGAUUUUGAAAAUCAAGUUGGUGUUUCAGAUUCACCACAACCACAAUCACAGUGGUUCGAUCAACAAGUAGAUCACUACGACCCAUUAAACACUGCAACUUUUAAGCAACAAUACUUUGUAAAUGAUACCUACUGGACCACUGGUGGUCCUGUUUUCUUAUUGCUAGGCGGCGAAGGACCAGCCUCAGUAACUAGUGUAACUGGACAUUUCGUUAUUAACACUUAUGCACAACAAUUUGGUGCUUUGAUUGUUUCAGUUGAACAUCGUUUCUACGGAAAAUCUUCUCCAUCUAAAACUUUGGCAACUGAAUAUUUGAAUUUAUUGACUACUCAACAAGCUUUGGCUGAUUUUGCCAACUUUAGACAAUUCAUUGCCGCCAAGUACAACGUACCAUCAACAACUAAAUGGGUUUCAUUCGGUGGUUCAUACAGUGGUUCUUUAUCUGCAUGGUUACGUCUCAAGUAUCCACAAUUGAUUGAUGCCGCCAUUGCUACAUCGGCACCAGUUCAACCACAAUUAGAUUUCCCAGAAUACUUUGAGGUAGUUGCUCGUUCAGUUGGACCAGCUUGCUCAGCUCGUAUCGCUGAAGUCACCAACUUGGUUACACAGAUGCUUCAGACCGAUCGUAAGACCGUCGAAAAGUUGUUCAACACAUGUGAUCCAAUCGUUUCUUCCGAUGAUGUCGCCACUUUCUUUGAGUCACUCUCUGACGGUAUCUCAGAGAUUGUCCAGUACAACAACGACAACAACAAAUACACAAUGUUCAACAUUUCUCAUAUGUGCUCAUUGUUGGACGGUGGUGAUCCCUUGCAAUCGUUUGUCAAUUUCAACAAUGAAUUCAAUCAAUUCAGUGGAAACAAAUGCACUCAAUCAUCGUACAAAUCGAUGAUCGCUCAGAUGAGAGAGACCGAAGUCAACGGAGAGAACGCUGCCGGUCGUCUCUGGACAUGGCAAACCUGUACCGAGUACGGUUACUUCCAAACAUCGGAAUCACCAAACCAACCAUUCUCCUCGUCGAUCACAUUGGAUUGGUUCCUCCAGCAAUGCGCCGACAUCUUUGGACCAAAGCCAGAUGGAAAGCCAUACCUUCCAGCGAUCGAAUGGAUCGAAACCGACUUUGGUGGACGUAACAUCCAAACAUCCAACACCAUCUUCCCCAACGGUCUCAUUGACCCAUGGCAUAUUCUCGGUGUUCUAAACGCUACCACCUCGUCCAUCUCCACCGCCAUCAUCCCAUUAGGUGCUCACUGCAGUGAUUUAUACCCACCAUUACCAACCGACAACGAAGCUCUUGUUCUUGCAAGACAAAUGGAAGUUAAUUUAAUUUCAUCCAUUUUACCAUAA